AUGGAUGCUAGGAAAAUAGUGGUGGUUGUCGAAGGUGUGGAUGUGGCAAGAACUGCACUCCAAUGGGCACUUCACAAUAUCCUUCGUUUUGGGGAUUUGAUUACACUUCUUCACGUAUAUACCACUACAACAUCCAAAAGCAAGAAAAAGCUCAGGCAUUUCCGCUUCAAAGGCUUCCAAUUGGUUCUCUCUUUCAGAGAAACAUGCAAUCCCCUCCUUAAUGUUGAAGUCUUCGGGGAGCUUCGUCCUGCGAUUAGGGUUGCUUGUGAUUUGAAGAAUUUCCCUCUGAUUCACUUGCGGAGGAAAAUUUGCUCCUUGCAACUCGAAGGGGAUUUGAGUCAAGAGACUAUUAUAUUGAUCAACCGGGCAAAAGAGGUUGAUUAA